AGCUGCAGUGCUGUCAGCCGCCCGCCCGCCUGCCUGCCUGCCUGGGUCAUUUGAAGGCCAGCAGCCUCGGAAGGGUUCAUACAAAGUUCACUCGCAUAUAUUAGGCAAUUCAAUCUUUCAUUCUCUCUGGCAAAACUAGUUGGAAAUGAGCUGCACGGGGGGACGGAGAACCCAUUCGUCAUCGGAGAGGAGAACCUGUGCUUUUUAAAAACGCCGUCCGUGUUAUUUUUGGGUAAAAGACAGAUCUCCUCCAGCUCCGGCGGCGCGUUCCACACAGCUGGCUGCUGGGAGCCGGGACGGGGCGAGUCAAUGAAAACACGUCGGGGAUAUUAUUAUAGUAUUACUAUUAUAUUAGUAGGAGCAUUAUGAGUUCCGUUCACACGUCCUUGGCGGUGCAUUGACUGGACACGAGAGAAGAAAAAAAUGGCAAAUGAGCAUUCAGAAGGAGCCGUGGAGCAUUUUUAGUCCGAGAAAAUCCAUGAUUCCGGUGCGGGACGAAGCAGAACAAGAGGAGCGAAAUCUGUCGUGCCAAGAACCAGAGGAGGAAGAAGAAGAAGAAGAAGAAGGAGUUUGAUGGAGUUGUGUGCGCUUUACGCCGCUGAUUUUUCUCCAUAACGCACAAGCAGACUGUGGCUGAACGACGCGCCGGCAUCAUGUUUGACUGCAUGGACGUGCUGGCCGUGAGUCCCGGACAGAUGCUGGACUUCUACACGUCCAGCCCGUCCUCGUGCAUGCUGCAGGAGAAGGCUCUGAAGGCGUGCAUCAGCGGACUGGCGCACAGAGAGUGGCAGCACCGGCGGAGCGCACACUCCAUUGAAACACAGAGCACCAGUUCCGAGGAGCUGGUCCCCAGCCCGCCGUCCCCGCCGGCCCCUCCUAGAAUCUACAAGCCCUGCUUCGUCUGCCAGGACAAGUCCUCUGGUUACCACUAUGGUGUCAGUGCUUGUGAAGGCUGCAAGGUAGGACCCCCGCACCUCCUCAGACUGUAA